CUGUGUUCGGUCCGUUGUUGGUCGUCAAGGGCAGUCACUCUUUCAUAUCAUCCCUGUCGAAUAAUCAACCAUGCGGCCAUUCUCGACUCUUUCUGCUGUAGUGCUUCUAGCACAGCCAUUCCAUGCUGCGGCAGAGACCAAGGUGGUAACUGGAACCACCCAGUCAUGCACAUGGACCCAUAACGCUUUGCUGAACCCUUCCUUUGACGCCGGUGUACUCACUCCUUGGACGGUGUACAAUGGAUACGGAACCGCGACGGUCGUGGCUGACACCUCCAGUGAUGGUGGUUACGUUGCAUCAAUGGUGCCCGGUACAUCCUCGUAUGCUGUGCUUUAUCAAUCCCUGACCGACCUCGUUGUGGGUGAUACGUACACACUCGCUUUUGAUUACAAGAUCCAGUCGUCAACUAGACCUGGAACCUGUAAUUUCUACUUUGCCAUCGAUGGCAUAUUCGCCGCCAACCGGAUCACUAGGACAGUCAGUGCAUAUGUUCAUUACGACACUUCCGAAACCACAUGGCAGACUUUAUCGACCACCUAUGUACCCACUAGCAGCAGCCUGGACAUGUACAUUGAGGUCAUCUGUUCCUCUACCGUGCGAGGCAUUCCAGCUCAGCCGACCAUCUACUUCGACAAGACUCAGUUUUCCAACCCCAACAAGGAGAUUGAGAUCUGCACGAAUGUGCCCUAUACAUCGACUAUCACAACUUUUCCCACACCCACGAUGACUCCAGCGCAAGCCACGUCCUCGAGUGCUGGCAUUGUCUCGGUUAGCCCUGCCGCAUCUUCGAGUAUAAUCGCGAGUGCAAUUUCCUUGCCUCAGCCAUCCGCGUCUUCAUCUUCAGUGGCGGUAUUCACCUCACCCACUCUUGUCAGACCAUCGGGCCAGAUUAUUCCUACGUCUCAUACCCCUCUGUUGCCCAGCCCAUCCGACCUUCCGACUUCGUCCUCGGCCGUACCUGCGUCUACCUUCACCCACUCCAGCCCUGUUGUUGCGCCAUCAUUGACUGCCAACCUGCCAGUACCCGUGUCAAGCUCAACAAGUCACUCAGCGACUCCCAGACCCAGUGCAGCCACGUCAUCUCCUAAUAUCCCAGAAGAUGUCGUGACGGUUACAACUACUGUCUACUCUACGGAACUAGUCAUUGAAACCAACUGUCCUGUUUUGGUAUAAUCACGUGGGGUUUACCAUUUACUAUACAUUGAUUACAACAAAUAGAGAAAUAGACGAACACAACGGAUGAAGC